AUGCAACAUUCUUAUUACAGGAAAUGUCCUCAAUCAGUCGACUUUGACGAGGUAGACAAUACCUAUUCAUACAAUCUACUAAGUCGUUCCUGGUGGUGCAGUGUCAAAUCACCUCGGCUGAUGGCCGUCGGCGGUCUCUUUGCUUUAUCUUUGAUGAUAUCACUUGAAUUUAUCUUAGUAUAUCAUUACGAUCAUACCACAGUACCCAGCAUAACGACAUGUGGCAAUAGUCCAGAUGAGGCACGAAAGCGUGGAUGCCGCUUUGAAUCACACAAUUUUGCAUGGACACCACCUGAAUGCUACGAUGAGGAGCUUAACCAAAUGUGGGACUCGAAGCCUUGGGGAUACUCACGCGAUCCGGAGGGAACCGACCUUAUCUCGUCGUUGGAGGCGCGACAGGGCGAUCUAGAGUGGGCAUAUGUCACGCUUAACCAACACAUGUCGCAUUGCGUCCUGAUCUGGCAAAAGUACCAACGUGCCGUUAUGUUUAAUCGACCGGCCGACAACUGGACCACUAGUUUUGCUCACACACGCCAUUGUGGGCAUAUGUUAGUACAGUGGGACCUCAACCAUAGCGAGUACAACAGCAUCCUGUACACAAAGUAUGUGUCCUGCGGGUACGAGUGGAAGCACCCGGAUCCUCAGAUACAGCAACUCAUGACGGGGCCCAUGCAUAAUGGUCUGACUGGCGACGGUGGCAACCAUGCAGAUAUUUAUGGAGCUAAAGAAAUCGAAAGAGGCCAUGAAAGAGAACACCAUCUGUAG